AUGUCCGCGACAACCACUACAAGCAGCGCUUCCACGCUGCUGAAAGCACCAUCCGGAAGAUUGUUCUCACAGGGAACUGACGUCAAGUAUGGUGACUUCCGAGAUGACAUUCUGCAGAAUGGUUAUGCAGUGGUGAAAGGUGCUGUGCCGCGCGAUCGGGCAUUGAAAUACGCCGACGACAUCUACACUUGGCUAGAGGAAUUCAACCUCGGCUUCGACCGCAACGAUCGUUCAACGAUUCACAAAGACCACCUUCCAGAUAUCAACGAAAAGGGAAUGUGCUUGGGCUACGGCAUUUCACAUGAAUCAUUCACUUGGGCCGUCCGUCAAGAGCCAGCGGUAGUCGAGGCGUUCGAGAAAGUCUACGACACUGAGGACUUAAUUGUAUCCUUUGACUCUGUCAAUAUUGGAUUUCCCAACAGGAAGGAUAUCAAGCCAAACUCGCCCUGGCCUCACCAGGAUCAGGAUCCUGAGAAACCUGGAUUCCGAUGCUUGCAAGGCUUGGUCAACCUGCUUCCUAAUGGGCCAAAUGAUGGUGGCUUGAUCGUUUGCAAGGGUGCUCAUCUAUUGAGCGAGGAAUUCCACGCAAACUUCAAGGACGAGGAAAAGAUUUGGUCAUGGACCAAAGAAUGGUAUGGGUUUACCGAGGCCGGACAGGCUUGGUUGAAGGAAAAGGGGUGCGAGUGGAUCAAGGUUGAAGCUGAACCGGGUGACUUGCUUCUCUGGGAUUCACGCACACCUCACUACAAUUUGUCCUCCGAGACAAACCAGGACAGAUUCUGUGUCUAUACCUGCUUCAUGCCUGUGGCAGAUGCAACAAUGGAACAGCUCCAGACCAAGAAGAUGGCCUUUGAAGAAACCAAAAUGACCACUCAUUGGCCAAACGCCAUGCACGUUGUUGAUCUCCCGGUCUUCAGGAACGGAGAGGCCGAUCCCUACAAUCGCUCCAAACCUCGCGAGCCGGUAAAGCUUACUGAGCGUGGAUACAAGUUGACUGGUAUUCCUUACCUUGAGCAAAUGGCAUAG